AUGAUGAACAUUGUUGCAUUAUGUCUGGUCUUAACUACACUUGCAACUGCUGGUGUAUGGUCUCCAACCCCAGAAAAAGUAAACAACGACAAAGAAGAUGUUGUAUUGAAGGAAGGCCACAGAACUGUGGUAGUUGAGUUUGAGAAAGAUGAUGGGAAUACCAAAGUUUCAAUCUCUCCUCAAGAGGCUGUGCAUGAGGGUUUUGUUCACAAACCUUCUUCCUCAAGAGUUGAUGAAAAGGGCCCUCAUGAUUCGUCUGUAAAAGGGAAGGUUUCUGACUCGGUGGAAAAUGUCAAGGAGAAUUUGAAGGAUGAGCAAGAAGAUGCCGGUGAUCCUCAUAAGGCAACUCCUAGAGAACUUGUUUGUGAUGCUUUGGGCAGGUGUAAGCAUAAGAUAGCGAGUGCAAUUGGGAAAACGAAGGAGAUGGUGUCUGAGAAUGCCCAUGAAGCUGCUGAUAAAGUUUAUGAAGUUGAAGAAGAAGCCAAGGAGGCUGUGACGGAUGCUUAUGACAGAGUGAAAGGUACGGUUGAAAGAAAAGCCCACGAGGCUUCUGAUAAGGCUCAUGAAGCAAAGGAGAGGGCGAAGGAUGCUGCAAGAGACAAGGCUCAUGAAGUAAAGGAAAGGGUGAAGGAUGCGGCGAGUGAAAAGGCUUGUGAAGCGGAGGAGUCGGUGAUGGAUGCCGCGACUGGUGCGGCUAGUAAAGUAAAAGAAGCGAAGGAAAGGGUGAAGGAUGCUGCGAAUGAGGUCUCUGGUAAGGCGAAAGAAAAGGUAGCGGAAAAAGUGCAUGAAGUUAAAGGAGAAGUGGGAGAAGCGGUUGAUACAGCCAAGACCCUCCAAGGAGAUGUAGAGGGAAAUUUGUCGAAACUAGUGAAGGCUACAAAAGGAAAGGUAAAAGAAGCAGAAGAAAAGGUUGAAGGGAUUUCAAAAGAAGGUGAAGAAGUUAUAGAAAGGGUUAAGGAGAAGGGAAAGAAAGGUUUGAAAGGAAUUCUCCGGCGAGGCCGAGAAGUUGUGUAUGGCUCUUUUGGCUAUGUUUUUUCACCGGAAAGUUUGGCUUUCGGUAUAAGAAUAUUGCAGUUAUUGGGAUUGGCGGGUGCAUAUGGGAUGAGUAUUUGGGUGACAUUUAUUUCUAGUUAUGUUCUGGCUAGGGCAUUGCCCAGGCAGCAGUUUGCUAUCUUGCAAAGCAAAAUAUAUCCUGUUUAUUUCCAGGCUAUGGCUUAUAGCGUUGGGUUGCUGUUGGUAGGGCAUUUGUUAAGUCGAAGAAAAAGAGUGUCCUCUGGCGCAGGGGACACUUUGCAAGGCUUCAAUCUUCUUGCUUCUCUUUUGAUGCUUUUGAUAAAUUUGAAGUACUUGGAGCCUCUUGCGACUAAGGUUAUGUUUGAGAGGAUGAAAUUGGAGAAAGAAGAAGGUAGAGGAGUAGAGAGCUCUAAAGAAGAACAGUCUGACGGAGUGGUUGAUUCAAUAACCGAGCCAUCGUCUGUAAAGGCAUCAAGCACCGCAACUAAGACGAGUCCAUCUUCCUCUACUCCUCAUGAAAGGCCAGAAGCUGCAGCUUCACAAUGUGAGAUAGUCAGAUCGAGUGAGGCACUGAGGAAGUUGAAUACAAUUUCAUCCUUCCUCAAUGUCUUGACUCUAAUGGCCCUCACUUGGCACCUUGUACAUUUGGGACAGCUGCUUUCACGCAUCUAGUUGAUAAGAAUGCCGAUACAAUGUUGGUUUUUGUUGUAUAACUUUAUCGUAGUUGUAGCCUUCUAUAGAUGGUCUACGUUUUGCUAUAGGAUUUACUUGGGGUAGCUGAUUGAUUUGUUAGAAUUUGUGAAGCAUGAAAAUUUUCUUGCAAAAGGAACCAACUUAUGGUAAUGUAUGUUAUUUAGUGUUUGU